GUGUGUUUAUCGCUACACAUAAUUAAAAAGAAUACGACGUUCUAUUUUCAAUUUUCGCGGCAUUACAAAAUUUUGUUCUCUGUGUGCAAAACAAUCAUGGCGUCGCAUUAAAAAAAUGUUACGAAAUUAAAAUCAAUAAUACGGAUAUUGUGUACGUUUUGAAUAUCGUACGUUUCGAACAUAAAAAUGAUAUUUUUAAGGAAAUCUAUUCAAGGUCGACAAUUUAGAAGAUGAUUUAGUGAAGUGUUGUACCUAUAGCGUGUUUUAAAUAACUAUUAAAUUAAUAGCGCAUUCAAUGGGCAGUUGGAAGUGUCUUUGAAUAAAAAUAGACUAUACAAAUGCAGCAAUUCGUUUAUAAUUACAGUGUAUGUAAAUAGACCAGUGAACGAACGAAUGUGACCGAAUGGAAUAGUGUACACUUGGGUAAACUUUGGAUACGAAUUGUGUAUUUUCAUCAUAUUUUUUUUAAGAAUCAAAAGUGCAUAUUUUUACCGCGUUGUAUUACAACAUUUAGUGAAAUAUAUAUUGAAAGUCUAUUUUGUGAUGUGUUGUGUAUACAAUGUUGAGUUUUCGUAAAAUAUUUAUAGUGUUCCCGAUUUAUAUGUGGUGACACAAUUCCUGGGUUAUUUUUGUUCUGCUUGUUUUCGGAUCUCAUAUUAAAUGAAACGCUCCGAAAUGCCUCUGCCGUUGCUAAGGAAAUGUUGCGGCUGCAUUUCCCUGCGCACAGGCUGCUUCGUUCUAUGUAUAAUGUCCACAAUGGCGUGCGCGGCUAACAUCACGGCGGGAGCAUGGAACUUACCUCGCCACAGAGAGAGGGAACCAGAAGACAACCUUAUCUCCAUGAGCAUGGUGAUGUUCUCCACCCUGUCAGCCAUCAGCAACCUCAUAGCCCUGUUCGGUAUUAUAUUGAAACAUCCAUCCAAGCUGCAGUGGUCGCUGGUGUUCAACUCAGUGUUCAUAUUCUGCAUAUUCCUGGUGGCCAUCGUGACCUGUCUCUUCAGGCUGGACGACUUCCUCAAGGUGCCAGGUCACAUAGUGCUGGUUGUGUUGCUGUUGAUAGCUGGAGCUAUGUACUCCAUAUAUUACCUGGCGAUGAUCAACAGCCUCUACAGGAUCAUGAAGAUGACUUAUGGAGAGAGUGCCAUUCCCAUAUGAAAAAAAUGGCUGGACUAGCCACUUUAUUUGUUGACUACUUUAUUUAUAUCAAGAACAGAUACCAGUACAUUAAACGAAACAAAUUUUUCAAUAGUAUUUUAUACAUAAUCAACUUUAUAGUUUUGUAAUAAAUUCGGUAUUUUAUUGCAGUUUAUCAGUAAUGUGCUGGUUUCUGUCUUCUGGCCGUACUGAGUACCUCACACACAAUAAAUACUAACUGUGUAUAUCGAUAUGUUGCGAAGCUACUCAAAAAUUACUGCACAAUUUUCAAUGUUCGUCAAUAAGGAACAUCUCAAACAAGCUGCUACUUUUUUAAAUUACCAUCCGAACUAAUAAGUUUCAUAAAGUAAAUAAGUACUUUGCAAUCAUAAUUAUGAUGUGUAAUUAUCUUUAAGUGAAGUUUCGAGUACGGUCAUGGAAAGAAUGUAGUCAUGUACAUUUUAAAACUGGCUGAUUGAGAGCCAGAUUUAUUAAUCAUGGGUUCCGUGCUAUUUUGGAAAGUGACCGAGUACCGAGUCCAAUUUUUACAGCACGAUACCUUGACAAACUUUUUUAUUUUUGGUGUAAUGUUCCUGAAAUGAAUAUAUAUGUAAGUAUUUA